UAGCGGGAUGUGCGGCAGUUUCAGUCGACGCGACGACAGUGUUCUUCAGCAGGUGAGACGAGAGGAGAGUCAGGACAGUCUUUGUUUUACGGGGCAACACUGAGUGAGUGGAUCCAGCAGCGAUGUCCUCCAGACCCAAUGGGAGUCCACCUCCCUAUGAGGCCGAGGGAUAUAAUGAAGGCCCUCAGCCGGCCUAUUCUUACUAUCCCGAUGAUGAGUUCCAGCAUUUCUACCGCUGGACGUCUCCGCCGGGCAUCCUCAAAAUCAUGGCCAUCAUCGUCAUUGUGAUGUGCGUCGCCAUCUUUGCUUGUGUGGCCUCCACUCUGGCCUGGGACACUCAGGGAGGCCUGUCUGGCUUUGGCGGCAUCGGCGGAAGCUACGGCGGAAGCUACGGCGGAAGCUACGGCGGGGGAUACGGCGGAGGCUACGGGGCAAAUUACGGCACUGGUACGUUUGGAGGAGGUGGGUACGGAGCUGGAAACAACUAUGGCUACUCAAACCUCGGAGGGAACUACAACGACCCCCGGUCAGGCAAAGGGUUCAUCAUUGCCAUGGCGGCCAUCACCUUCAUCGCGUGCCUGGUCGUCUUUAUCAUCAUCGUAUCCCACCAGAGCCUCUCGGAGAGCAGGAGGUUCUACCUCGCAGUUAUGAUCAUCUGUGCCAUCUUGGCUCUGCUCAUGAUGAUCGCCGCCAUAGUCUACUUAAUGGCAGUGAACCCCAUGGCCCAGUCUUCAGGAUCAGUCUACGGCAACCAGAUCGCUGGACUGUGUGCCCAGUACCAGCGGCCUCAGACUACAGGCAUGUUCGUCAAUCAGUACUUGUACCACUACUGCGUGGUGGAGCCACAGGAGGCCAUUGCUGUGGUCUUGGGCUUCCUGGUCGCCAUCGCGCUGAUCAUCAUGCUCGUCUUUGCUCUGAAGACGCGCCAGAAAAUUAGGAACUACGGCAAGAGCAACAUUCUGUGGAAGAGAGUGAAGGUUAUUGACGAGACAGCGCCACCUCAUGAUGUAGAGGCAUGGGUUAACAAUGUGUCCGUUCCCGCUGAAGAGCUCCCAAUGGCAGACUACCCCGAGAAGCUGAGAGGCUCCAGGAGCCACCUGGAUGACGAGAGCACCAACUAUGACAAGCCGCCCUACAACUACACACCACAGCCUCCAGUGGAACAUGACGUGCCUCUGAAUAAUGGAGUUCCUUACAGCAGUAACUCUGAGGUGGCCAGCUCUGCUGGACGGCCCAAAAAGAGGCGCCCGGGUCGACCUCGUCGCGCCGACGGACAGGACUACGACACCGACUAUAACUCGUCAGGAGACGAGCUGGACGACGACGAAUUUGACAGGGAAUUUCCUCCGAUAACAAACGACGCCGAUCGCAACGACUACAAGCGCGAAUUCGACCGCGAACACCAGGAGUACAAGGACCUGCAGGCGGAGCUGGACACCGUUAACAAGAACCUGUCCGAUGUGGACAGAGAGCUGGACGGGCUGGAGGAGGGAAGUCCACAGUUCCUGGACGCCUUGGAUGAGUACAACAGGAUAAAGAACUUCAAAAAGUCUGCAGAUUACCAGAUGAAGAAGCGCAGGUGUAAAUAUCUGAAGUCCAAACUCAACCACAUCAAGAAGUUGGUGAGCGAUUAUGACCGCAGGGCCUGAACAAAGAUCUGCGAGGAUUAUAUUCCUGUCUGAGUUUGGACUGUUACACCACUGUGGGGGGGCGGGGGGCACAGCGGCGCUGGUCUGCAUCAAACACAGAAACUACAUGGGUCUGUUUGAGCUGUAGAAUAUUUAGCAAAGGUUGUUUGUACUUUGGAAGGACACAGCGCCGAUAUUCUGUCCCGUAUUAAGCCGCUGUUUGUAUUAUGAGCCUCACACGACACACAUUAGUUACUGUUAUAUGUAUUUAUUUUACUAAAUGUGAUCUUAAUGGAACAGUAGAUGACUUCUGCUACUUUGUUGUGGAGUUUUUAAAUUGCUCUUAUUACUCUUUUUUUUUUUUUUAAUACUCUUACUGUUAUUUUUUUAAGGAGCAGCAUAAACAUGUAAAUAUGUGGGAAACACUUUGUUUUUAAUGUUUUUAGCAGUUUAUGGAAAUAAGUUGACCGUGUCUUUCAUAUGAGUGUGCAUGUUGGACGAAUAUUGAUGUACAUCGACAGUGAUUUGUAAUGUUUUUAUUAGAAUAAAAUCAUUUCUCAUA